CACCGCUGGGUACCUGAUUUCAUUUCCUCGCAAGCCACAUAAGAGGAAGUAGUAUUUGUUAUCUAUAUCUAUUCGAUGGCGCCUUUGAAUUACUCUACACCUUCUUCACCUGGUGAGAAGAAGAAGGUAGUGUUCAUAAUGGGAGCAACUGGCACGGGCAAAACCAAGCUUUCCAUCAACCUGGGCACUAAAUUUCCCUCAGAGAUCAUAAACUCUGAUAAAAUUCAAGUCUACAAGGGACUUGACAUCAUCACCAAUAAGGUUCCGGAGUCUGAACGUGGUGGCGUUCCCCAUCACCUGUUAGGCGUAAUUGAGGAUCCUGAUUAUGACUUCACAGUUGAUGACUUCUGCAAGAGUGUUGCUGUUGCGCUUGAUCUCAUCAUCGAAAAUGGACGCCUACCAAUCAUCGUGGGAGGCUCAAACACUUACCUGGCAACACUGCUUGAGGACCCCAACAUCGCAUUUCGAUCCAAAUAUGAUUCUUGUUUCAUUUGGCUUGACGUGUCUUUGCCCGUCUUGUUUCCCUAUUUAGAUAAAAGGGUGGAUGAAAUGCUUGAUUUAGGAGUUGUGGAUGAAAUUCGACAAGCUUUUGUGCCUGGGGCAGAUUGCUCUCGUGGGAUUAGAAGAGCCAUUGGGGUUCCUGAGCUGGCUGAGUAUUUUCUGCUAGAGAAGGAAAUAAGUGAUGAUGUGGCUCAAAAGGAGAAAAUGUUGCAACAUGCCAUUCAGAGAACCAAAGAGAACACUCGUAAGUUGGCUGAGAUACAACUCUUGAAGAUCCAUAGGAUGAACUAUGAACUUGGAUGGACAAUGGCCAAAAUUGACUCCACACAAGUCUUUGAAGCUAUUUUAAAAGGAAUGGAUUACAAGCAAUUGUACCAAGAGAUUGUGUUAAAACCAAGCAUUGACAUAGUCAAAAGAUUUUUAGAGAAGGCAACUCGGGAAUGGGAGAAGACACCCCUACAAAAUACUGAACAAGCCACUAUUUGUACCUAAAAGUUAAAACAUCAUUCAAUUUCAAUAAGGACCAACUUAUUGUGCGGUCCAUAAUAAAUAAUAUGAUAAGAAUAUAUAAAAGCAAAAUUAAUUAGAUGUUAAUAGUGAAUGAUGAAUUGGCUUAUAAAUGCUUUUAUAUAUUUUUUUCCUUUCAUUGUAUAUGCCCUACCUACUCAUGUUAAUGA